AAGUUCUCCCUCCGCAUGUUCGGCAGCCACAAGGCGGUGGAGAUCGAGCAGCAGCGGGUCAAGUCGGCCGGCUUCUGGAUCAUCCACCCUUACAGCGACUUCAGGUUUUACUGGGACUUGAUCAUGUUGCUGUUGAUGGUCGGGAACCUGAUCAUCCUGCCUGUGGGGAUCACCUUUUUCAAGGAUGAGAACACGCCUCCUUGGAUCGUCUUCAACGUCCUCUCGGAUACGUUUUUCUUGGCUGACUUGGUGUUGAACUUCCGUACGGGGAUCGUGGUGGAGGAUAACACCGAGAUCAUUUUGGAUCCCCAUACCAUUAAGAUGAAGUAUCUCAGGAGUUGGUUUCUGGUGGACUUCAUUUCAUCCAUCCCGGUCGAUUACAUCUUCCUCAUCGUAGACCUGGAGACCCAAGUGGAUUCGGAAGUGUAUAAGACAGCCAGGGCGUUGCGCAUCGUCCGUUUCACGAAAAUCCUUAGCUUGCUCCGCCUUCUCCGUCUCUCUCGCCUCAUCCGUUACAUUCACCAGUGGGAAGAGAUUUUCCACAUGACCUAUGACCUGGCCAGUGCUGUAGUCCGGAUCUUCAAUCUCAUCGGAAUGAUGCUUCUCUUGUGUCACUGGGACGGCUGCUUACAGUUCUUGGUCCCCAUGCUGCAAGACUUUCCCGAAGAUUGCUGGGUUUCCAUCAACCACAUGGUGAAUGACUCUUGGGGAAAGCAAUAUUCGCACGCUUUGUUCAAAGCGAUGAGUCACAUGUUGUGUAUCGGCUAUGGGCAGCAGGCGCCCGAGGGCAUGACCGAUGUCUGGCUGACAAUGCUGAGCAUGAUUGUGGGCGCCACCUGCUACGCCAUGUUCAUCGGCCACGCCACUGCCCUCAUCCAGUCGCUGGACUCCUCUCGGCGCCAGUACCAGGAGAAGUAUAAGCAAGUGGAGCAAUAUAUGUCCUUUCAUAAGUUACCGGGAGACACGCGUCAACGGAUCCACGAAUAUUACGAACACCGAUACCAGGGCAAAAUGUUUGACGAAGACAAUAUCCUGGAAGAAUUGAGCGAACCCCUUAAAGAGGAGAUCAUCAAUUUCAACUGCCGGAAUCUGGUGGAUAACAUGCCCCUCUUUGCCAACGCUGAUCCUAACUUCGUGACGGCCAUGUUGACCAAGUUGCGCUUCGAGGUUUUCCAGCCGGGGGACUUCAUCAUCCGAGAGGGAACAGUGGGGAAAAAGAUGUAUUUCAUACAACACGGCGUGGUUAGCAUCCUGACUCGGGGCUCUAAGGAAAUGAAGCUUUCGGACGGGUCCUAUUUUGGGGAGAUCUGCCUUCUGACCCGGGGCCGGCGCACGGCCAGUGUCCGAGCCAACACCUACUGCCGCCUCUACUCCCUUUCCGUGGGCAACUUCAACGAAGUCCUGGAGGAAUACCCAAUGAUGCGGCGAGCCUUUGAAACCGUUGCCAUGGACAGGCUGGACCGGAUAGGGAAAAAGAAUUCCAUCCUGUUGCGGAAGAGAGCGGAGCACAGUUCCAGCACAGUCAACAACGAGAUCAUUCAGCAGAUCGUCAAACACGACCAAGACAUGGCACACAACAUCCAAGACCUCCAGCCCAUGACUGCCGGCCGGGAAGUGAGCGGCAAACCGCUGAUCUGGGAGCCCCUCGUCCACGUGCCACUGCAGACUGCCGCCGCCACCACCAGCGUGGCCAUCGCAUUGACCCACCAGCAAAGUCUGGCGACACACAUCUUCCUUCCCCCUUCGUCCAUCUCCAGCCCUCUCUCCCCCGACUCGGCGGCUCUCCUGCGCCAUCCCCGCCGCUCCCAACCCAGCCUGGGGGGCUCCCGGCCGUCCUCCGUCAGCUCACCUGCCUCGGGGGCGCAGUCCCACCUGCAGACGCCGGCAGCCGGCUCGCCGUGUUCUCCUGUGGUGCAGUGCGUGUCCCCUUUGGAAAGCACGGUGGGCAAAGUCCUCCCACGGCCUGUUCAAAAGGGGGACGCCAUCCCUGGCAUGAGCCAGGCUCAGCUGUCCAAAACUCGGGGUACGUCGGUCUCCACGUCUCUCUUGCAGCAGGCCGCCCACGGCGCCUCCAUCCCGCCGGGACGAACUCUGCACUAUAGCCUGUCUCGGGCCACGGGAUCUCACAUUUCCCUGUUCUUGCAGCCUCAGCAGAUGGUCAAACACCGGAGUUCGCAGGGCCUUUCAGUGGGUGGUCUUACGAAGGACGUCCGUCCGCUUUCGGCGUCUCAGCCUUCUUUGCCAAACCGGCUCACCCAACCCUCGGACAUGGGCUCUUCCCAGCAGGCACGGAAAUCAGCCAGGAACGUCACGUACCGUUCCUCUCCGUCGGUUUCUGGUCUGCUAGGGAAACCAAGCAUGGGAACCACCCCUGGUCAGCCUGGUUCCUCCCAGCAAGGCCCUUCGGGGUCCAGCCGGUCCGUGAGUGGGGCCACGACCCCCCAGUCGCCUGCCUCCGUCCCACGACACGGCACCGCCUCUUCCCGUAAGGGUUCCGUAGCGUUCAGUCCUGACGUCAACACAGGGAAACCGAAGCUGCCAUCUCAUAUGUGA